GAAGAACGGGCGCAGACACUGCUCGAGUUUCGUCGGCAGCACACCGCGAGUCCGUUUCGCCGUAAAAUAUUAUAUUUUAUUAAUUUAUACCGCACAACAGUUCGCGUUCGAAAUACCGUAUAUAAUCCGCACGACGUGAUAUCUCGUCGCAGUGCCUUUUAUCGAUAUUCGUUUGACGAGUUGCUGCUUCUGCCGUCGACGAUUUUCAAUUUAUUAGUGCGCUCGCAUUAUAUAGUAUACGGCACACACGCAUAUAAUAAUAAUAAUAAAAUUGUAUUGCGGUGUACCUACCACGUUUUACAAGAUAUAGUUCGGUUUUCUUCACAGUCCAAUACAUAUAAUAUAAGACGCCGACUAAUUAUUUAUAUAUACGUACGCGAUAAAAUUUCAAUCGGCUUUACCUGAUUUUGUUGUCACCGCAUACGACGACCGCCACACUUGUCGUACUGAUAUUAUAAUAACACUACAUGAUGGACGAUCCUUGGUACAAAUCGACGGAUUCGUUGACGUGGGCGUUGACAAGGAAAAAGACCGAUUCGGACGAACCGAGCAAAGAAAAACUCAAUAGGGUGUUGACCUUCUUCGACUUGACCGCAUUGGGCACUGGCUCCACAUUGGGAUGCGGUGUGUACGUGUUGGCUGGAGCAGUGGCCAAAUCCAUCGCUGGCCCAGCCGUAGUCCUGUCCUUCGCCAUCGCCGCCGUCGUGUCUGCGUUUUCCGGACUAUGUUAUGCUGAGUUUGCUGGCCGAGUGCCCAAAGCUGGAUCUGCGUAUAUCUACAGUUACGUGGCAGUUGGAGAGUUCACCGCGUUCGUCAUUGGUUGGAAUCUGCUCAUCGAACAUCUCAUUGGAACCGCUGCUGUGGCCAAGGCCAUGAGCAAUUACUGUGAUUCUCUGCUGGGAAAUCCACAGAGGAGAUACAUGACUGAAUAUUUCCCCAUACACAUCGGCUUCUUGGCCGAUUAUCCCGACCUUGCGUCAUUCUUAGUGAUCGUCAUCAUUUCGCAAAAGUCGAUGGAUCCGGAUGCACCACUUCCGGCCCUCUAUGAAAAUUUGGGUAUGCCGACGAUAAAAAUUAUAGUCUCCGGUGGUGCGAUAUUCGCAUUGUGCACAAGUCUUUUGGGUGCAAUAUUUCCACUACCUCGUAUCUUGUACUCGAUGGCUAGCGACGGUCUGCUUUUCAAGUUCUUGUCGAACAUCAACUCCACGACGAAGACCCCUCUGAUAUCCACGAUCAUUUGCGGAGUUUUUGCCGGUACUUUGGCCGCAGUAUUCAAUCUCGAGCAGCUCAUCGAUAUGGCGUCCAUCGGCACACUCCAGGCCUACACGAUCGUUUGCAUUUGCGUGUUGAUAUUGAGGUACACAGACAACAGUCCGUCCAUCCAAGACAACAUGACGAAGUCGAAAGGUAUCACGGUUUUCACAUGGUUGAACUUAUCGAACGCAAAAGUGCCGAACUCAGAUACCCAAUACGUUUCGAGGGCUUUGAUAUUCAUAUUUAGUGCCUGUACGUUUGUGUUUGCAAUAAGCUUGGCAAACAUGGAAUCACAUCAUGGCAACACGAGGAACGUACUCAUGAUAAUAAACGUAAUAGCACUUUUGGUGUUGUUGGUUACGUUGUUCAUGUUGGGCAGACUUCCGACAGCCGUGGAAGAUCUAUCGUUCAAGGUGCCCCUGGUUCCCAUCAUUCCAUGUUUGAGCAUUGUACUAAACGUUUACCUGAUGAUGGAACUCGAGUACAAGACUUGGAUAAGGUUCAUAGUGUGGCUCAUAUGUGGAUUAUUGAUAUAUUUGUUCUACGGUAUCGGUCACAGUUUGGAAGGCAAUAAGCAAAAAAUUCAACUUAACACAAUUCAAAUCAAACCGAAGCUAUAAUCGGUUAGUUUUUUGGAUGUUUGUAAAAUUACACAUAGAUUGAAAUCAAUUCCAUUGGAUUCCUCAUCUAUUUUGAAAAAUAUG